UUCCAGCAAAACAGUUCUGUAGUUAAAAUGUUCCCUAGAGCACGCGUGAUAUUCUUGUUCAGUAUUCUAGUCUUCCUUGCCGAGGCGGAUUUCCCCGUCAAAGACUGGUGGGAAAAGGCCAGUUUCUACCAAAUUUACCCGAGAUCCUUCAAAGAUAGCGAUGGGGAUGGAAUCGGUGACCUGAAUGGGAUCACCUCCAAACUUUCCUACCUGAAGGAGCUGGGCAUUCGUGGCUUCUGGAUGUCACCAAUUUACGCCUCACCAAUGGUGGACAUGGGAUAUGACAUUUCCGACUAUCGGGCCAUUCAACCGGAAUACGGAACGAUGACAGAUUUCGAAAAUUUAUUGGUUGAAGCUCGCCGUUUGGGGCUAAAAGUGAUCAUGGAUCUGGUGCCGAAUCAUUCAAGUGAUAAACACGAGUGGUUCAUUAAGUCCGAAGCUGGUGAUCCUUUGUACAAGGAUUAUUACAUCUGGGAAGAUGGGUUGCCGAAUCCAAACGGAGGAAGGAAUCUUCCGCCGUCGAAUUGGCUUCAAUCAUUUCGGGGUAGUGCCUGGCAGUGGAGUGACCAAAGGCAGCAGUACUAUCUGCAUAUGUUUGCCGUUCAGCAGCCGGAUUUGAACUACCGGAAUCCGAAAGUGAUCGAGGAGAUCGAUGAUAUUAUUCGGUUUUGGUUGGACAAAGGAGUUGAUGGGUUUCGUAUCGAUGCAAUUUCCAACUUGGUUGAGAUCGCACGGUCUGCUGAUGGAUCUUACAAGGAUGAACCUCCAAGUGGUUUGACCGAUGAUAAAGAUGAUCCAGCUUAUCUGGAUCACAUCUAUACGCAAAAUCAACCGGAAACGCUGGAAGUUUUGUACCAUUGGCGUGAAGUCGUGGACCAGUAUCAGAAGGAAAAAGGUGGAGACACGAGACUGUUGAUGGCCGAAGCAGGAGGAACUUUGGAUAUUCUGAGAACAUAUUAUUUGAGUGCGGAUGGACGUCUUGGAGCACACAUGCCUUUCAACUUCCAGAUGAUUUUCGAAGUCAACAAAACUUCCACGGCAGAAGAUUACGAACGGACCAUACGUAACUGGAUGGCAAUGUUGCCUCCAGGACAUACCUCAAACUGGGUGAUCGGCAACCACGAUCGACCCCGAGUUGGAACCCGAUUUGGUGUGAAUCGAAUCGACGUUAUGAACAUGAUGGCCUUGUGUCUGCCGGGAGUCUCGGUUACCUACCAGGGGGAAGAAAUCGGCAUGACGGAUGUUUGGAUAUCCUGGGAAGAUACGAAGGACCCGGGAGCGUGCAAUGCCGGACCAGACCGUUACACCGAAAAAUCUCGGGACCCUUGCCGGACUCCAUUCCAGUGGGACGAUUCGGCUAUGGCCGGAUUUACCCAGGCAUCGCAGACGUGGCUUCCAGUUGGGCCGGAAUAUAGACAAGUCAAUGUGAAGCUACAGAAUGCAGAACGGAGAUCCCAUCUCAAGACAUACAAGGCACUGAUGCAGCUAAGGCUUUCAAAAACUUUCCAGUACGGAUCGAUGCAGGUCAAUGCGAUCAACAGCGAUGUGCUGGCCAUUACAAGGGAGUUGGAAGGAUACAAUACCUACAUAGUGCUGAUGAACUUGGGUGACCAAACUCAAGUUGUCAAUGCCAAUAACCUGGUUAGUGAUCUACCGUCCAAAAUGCGAUUCGAAAUAUUGGAUUCCAGUUCACAUCACGUUAAAGGGGGACUGGUUUACACGGACGAGAUUUCACUGCUUCCACAUGAAUCUUACGUUUUAGUAGCUCGGCUGGCAGCUGUCGAACAAGUGCACGAAUCGAUGUGUGAAAUAUGGUUGGAGUAAACAGGGAACUACAUUCUUUCUCCUAAUUUUUAUCAAACAUAAUGAAGCAAUUAUAAAAUCUAAUGGAUAUGUCACAACAACUUUUCAAUCAGUAAAUAACUUCUAUAAUUUAUUCCGUCAUAUGUACAUUAUCAGCAUACAUUAUAGAUCUAGAUAAUUUCACGA